AUGUCCGAGAAUAGUUUUCUCGUUCACUGGCCUGGCUUUUAUAGCCAUGAACACACACACUUCGAAAUUGAAUCAACUCCAACGGCCGUUCAUCCACCCCAGGACAUUGCUGCUGACAGGUUGGCGGGUUCGAGAGAGAGCCUCUUGGCGUUGCCGGAGCGCUGCUGCAGGCUUGUCGAGAGCGGGCGGGCGCUGCUGAAGCUGGUAGAGUUCAACGUCACAGGGAGGAGGAAGUCGUUUUCGAGUGGAGUGCACGGCGAUGUGGGGAUGGGGAAGCCCGUAAAAGAGAUAAGCGCGCCGGAGAUCCCUGAUGAAGAGCUAAGAAGGAUCAUUGGUGUCGAUAAUAUUGAUAAUGGGUCAUCUGUUCGUCAUGUUCCCGAAUUACCUGAAGAAAAAGCACCGAUACAGGAUCUAUGUUCGCCCGGGACGAUCAAGAGGGAAAAUUCUGUGGUUAUUGCGGUACAACAGGAGACAGAGAUUCAUGAUGAGAGUGAAGGUCGUGCCCUGGGUGCCUCAAUUGAAUCUGCAUUAGAAAGCUUGCUAGGAAUUGAGAAUGAUGGAUCGGAAUGUCCGUCCGGCUCGAAGGAUAUGGAGAAGUCGAUCGUAAAUGCAUCUUCGAAUGCUGAAAUUGAUGGCAAAAGGGAUCAUGAUCAGCACUUUGAACGCAAAGGUCUCGGUGACUCCCGCAAGAACCUCAGCGAAGAGCUAUUGUCUCCCAUUGAAGUUCAAAAGAGAAUUCUCAGGCCGACGAUAACGCCUUCGCCACCUAAACGAGAGGGAAGCCAAGUUUAUAAUAUUGUGAGGGCUCUGGAAGGCUUGCAAGUCGGUGAGAAGUGUAUACACGGCAAGGUUGAUCAUGGCCUCUGUCACGCAAGGCAAGGAGAUCGCAAAAUACACAUAACAUCAUCAACAAGGAUCCAGCGCGAAACCUCCAUUUCUCUGAAUCAUAAGGUGGAGGAUGCUAUUUCUACCCCUGGCCUAAAGGAUAACUUAGAUGUCACUGAAAGUGACGGAAAGAGAGCGGUAAAUGAUAAUGGGAGUUUCGCUCCGCACGAUAUUCAGUCAGGACAGACCACUCAGCAGACAUCAACCACCUCGACUGAAGCCUACACUGAUACCGUCGUAUUUCAAAGAGGUGACGGCCUUUUGCCGUACUCUCUGGGCAAGGGUCCUUUGUCAAAUUUUCAAUCUUCGGGAGCCAUUUUCGUUCAAGCUGGUGUAUCUGUAUCCACCACCCCUAGGGUCAGAAUCGUUCAUGACAUUCCGGCAGAUUGGUGUGAUAGUGAGUCGCAAUUGGGUGCGAGUACCUCAGCAAAGGCCAUAGAAGGUGAAUCCGAGGUAGAGAAAAUCCUACGUCUGCAAGAAACACACGACCUUGUGUGCCCGGUGUGUCAAUCUUGUAUUACAAAGUCAGUCAUUGUCCGAAAAAGGAAGAGAACAUCUGUCAUAUCUAGUGCCGACAAAUGGGAUACAGAUGUGCAGGACGAGGAGGGAAAUGUUGCAGAACAGGGUCGUGACACCUUUGAAGACACUUUUGCGGAAGAGUAUGAAGACUACAGAUGCUUGGGGUGCUUCACCUUCCUAUUUCGAAGAGAGAAGAGUGUACAACGCGCUGAGGUUGUGGUACCGGGUACAGCAGUAGCGUCAGCUCCUGUUUCAAUCACAGUCAGCUCGCAGACAUUACCAUCAGAGCAAAGUGAUGUCCGAACCCCUGAGGCCGUUCUGGAGUUUUCUCCUAUAAUCACGGAAGCAGACUAUGAUAAUCGGUGUUUGCCAAUUUUCUUCACAUGGAGACGGAAGACGACUAGUCCAGCUAUCUCGGAAGUGGUGGCUCCCCUUCUAAGUGAAGAGGAAAGAGAGGCCGUUGUGAAAGAGUCGUUCUACGAGGACUUGCUCACUCGAUCUGAAGAUAUACCAGUUGAAGGUCUUCAAACCUCUGUAUCCGAGCAACAUCCAGCCCUUGAAGUCGAGCGACUUCCUGAUUAUGAAAUAUAUGCACUUCCUGUGGCCCCUGUUGCAGAGGGAGAAGUUCAAAUCCCUGUAUUGGUAAUGGAAUCCCGAGAGGACCGUCUCUGCUUCCCAUUUUUAUGUAGAAAGACCAGAACUACACAAGUGCAAUCAGAAAUUUCACAAACAUUGUUGAAUAAGGAAGACGUAAAUACACAUUACGAAGACAACCAGAUUCUGCUCGAGGGCAGUGAAGAACAAACUAAGCACAGAAGACUUUUAAGUGGAGAUUUCUCCGACAUUGGAGAUGACUUGUGGAUGUAUCAAGAGAAGGUUGCACUGUCUGUGGCACCUCAGGAUGAUCCUUCUACUGCGGUUUCUCGUAUUAAUGAUUCACCAGAAACUUCGGCUGAGCCUGGCAUGUUCGUGAAAGCAAUUGAUUCCAGAGAAUCUGAACAAAGAGCUGAUCGUUUCUGUUUUCCACCAUGGCGUUCACCCAAAACGAACUUGGAAGAGAUAGAGGUGAUCUCACCUGAGACGAGCCAAAUUUUCGAUCCCCUUAACGGUGAGGAAUCAUCUGUGGUAUUUGGCACUGGAGCCGAGUCAAUUGUUGGCCCAUAUAGAAAUACAUCUGAAACCACGGAAUCAAUAUUCUCGCGUUCAAAAUCAGUCGAGAAUGAAGACAGUUUUGGUAACAAAGAAGAAUCUUGCAUUCGGGGUCAGCAAAUGGAGCGAAAUUGCAGUGAUUUUGGUGAAGAGUCAGUGGAUGAUGAGGAUGUCCCGUUGGCACGGAAGCCCUCGGCGUCAAAAGCAUUAACGAUGAGGAAAGGGGGUCCUUUGACAGCGGAUGAAGACCAACAGCUUAUUGCAUCAAUGGUGGUAGCCGACAGUCGUAUUUCAGGAGAACUACAAAGAGGUUUGAGUUUUUCUGAAGAUUUUUCUGAACUUAAUAACUUAUCAGUAGCAUCACCUCUUGAUGGAAUGCACGAAGAAAUAGAAGAAGAAGAAGAAGAAGAAGAAGGAGAAUUAAGGAGGACGGGAACUUGGACAUUCUGCGUGCCAGGGAAUUGCUUGCCUUCUUACUCUGAGCUUGCCUACCAACCAAAAAGUAGAGCCUCAGAGGGGCAAACUGUUUCUGAAUCCGUUAUCGAAGUCCUUGGAGUUUCGGGUUUAUCUCUUUCCAAGGAAGCUGAACCAAAAUUUCAUGAGGAUGUGACCAAGGAUAUAACAAUUCAUGCACGUAUCGAAACUCAAACGAUUACCAACAUAAUUUCCAACGAUCCCACCGAUGAACACCAUGGAGAAACUGCAGACUCGGUUAUGGUUGAUAAAUCAGCUCUUUCUCGUUCCCUGGAAGACGCUGAUGAACAUGUUGCUUCGAAUGAGUGGUUGAAAGACUCAAUCCGACAGGGCGAUAGCCUGGAAGAGAUCCUUCCAAUUGAAGUUUUUAGAGAGAUUGAGCUGGAUUCUGGCCAACACAUUAGCCUACCUGAACCUGCGAAAAUUUCUGAGCAGCCCCUCGAAGCCUCUACUUCAAAUCAAUUAGUACUUGGUCGAGAUGUCAGCCUCUCUAUGGAUGAGACCCACAGCCAGCAGUCCCUUUCAGUUCAAGAAGUUGAUGCGUCCUACUGUCUUCCUAAGUUGAGGCGACUUUGGUUCGGAUCUACUAUUGAAGACGAACUACUUCGAGAGCCACUUCUCGGAAGAGACUCCGAAAAAGUGCGAGAGUCGAGCUGUCUUUUAGACCGAGAUUCUAGAGUAGACUCCAAAGACUCUUCUGCCCGUGUGACUAUUCAACAAACACAUGUGGUUACUACUACUGCGAAGGCAGAAUCUGGCGAGGAAGCUGAAAGGGACAACUUAUCGUGUACAUGUUUCCUAUGGAGUGACAGCUAUGGUCGAGAAGAGACCCACAGAGACACGACAGUGACUGUGACAACUGAUCACACAGUAAUUGAAGUUGAGGGCACUGAUGCUACAAGUACACUUUUAGCUGCUACCCGCGCAGCAGAAGAUGCUGGCAUGAUGGUUGAUUCACUCCUCCAACCUCCGCAAUAUCUGAAAAGCAUAGUCUACGGGGGACUUGACGUGUCGCUGACAAGCCUGGGUGUUAUCGCUGCAGCUGCUGGUGGUGACGCUAAGACAAGGAAUGUUCUUGCUCUGGGACUAGCCUAUUUUUGUUUCGGGUUCAUCGCAUUUUUCUACAAGAUACAGGAUCUGCACAGUGUAAGUCGAACUCGGUUUCGGGAGAGCGUUGGACCAAGGUUCUGGGUCAAUGGCCCCCUAGCCAUGCUAUCGUUUCUCGUGUUUGGGCCCCUCCCAGCUCUUGCCUUUGGGCUCAGUUUCAGACAGUCGAAUGGCCAUGACUACAAGAUGGCAGUAACUGUGGUUGUGUCGACUGUAGCUCUUGCUUUGCUUGGAUUUGGAAAGGUGGCUUCGAAGAUGACGAAAUUAUCUUACACCCGAACCGUGUCUACCCUAAUUAUAACGGGUGUAGUUGCAGCUGUCGUUGGAUUUUACUCUGGAUAUUACAUCUCAAAGUUACUAGAGUCAUUCGGUACGUUCGAUUAGUGCGAAGGUUCGAAAACUACGGCCUAUUUCUGCAUGUCGUGGUCACUGCAGUUAAUAUUUGUUUUCUCCAUGAGAUCGGAGCCCUCGACCAUGUCCUGAUCAAAGAAUAAGUUUUUGGUCCAUUUUAUCAUGUUCGUGGCCAAUCCGCACUCUCCAACAAAUAGCGAUGCAUAUUGUUUCAUUAAAUUCAUAAAAUGGUCGAAAUAAAGCGAUGUCUUUUUUUUUAGAAUA